AUGCCCUUGCCAGCAUCGACUAAGUACUGGCGGAAAUUUGACGCAGGAACACUGGGCAACGACGAUCUGUCGCUCCCCAAAGCUACUGUUCAGAAAAUCGUGUCAGAGAUUCUCCCCGCAUCAGCAGGCGUGGCCUUUGCCAAGGAAGCUCGUGAUCUCCUCAUAGAAUGUUGCGUCGAGUUCAUCACCCUUAUCUCAUCAGAGGCAAACGAGAUCUCGGAGAAGGAGGCAAAGAAGACCAUCGCUUGCGACCACAUCACCAAAGCUCUGGAGCAACUAGGCUUCACUGACAUGGUCCCUGCCGUUCUCGAGGCAGCUGCCGAGCACAAGGAGACCCAAAAGGGUCGAGAAAAGAAGGCGGACAAGUUCGCCAACAGUGGCAUGUCCAUGGAGGAGCUUGCUCGUCUGCAGGAAGAACAGUUCGCCGCGGCUCGAGAACGCCACGGCUAA